AUGGUUUUGUGGAGAGAUUCCGUCCGAUGCGUGCCCAAGCAUCAGCUGCGAAUACCUCAUGUGCCCAGGAAAGUCAAGGAGCUUCCGCCCGUGUCCGAGGAGCGCUCCGAAAGCCGGACUCCAAAUCGGACGGACUCUGGCGCCUUAAGGACCUUACCCAAAGACAUCUCCGAAUCGGAGCUUUUGGCCUCCACGGCCACGGCCACGGCCCGCCAGGCUUGGGCUCAAAUUCGCUUGAAGCUAGCGCCGGAGGUGAGGCGCAGCCUUUGUCAGCUAGGCCCAUCGUACAUUAAGCUAGGCCAGGCCUUGGCCUCUCGCCCGGACUUGGUGGGCGGAGAACUGGCAGAGGAGCUGGUGCAACUGCAGGACAGCUUGCCAGCCUUCGACACGAAAGAUGCGCUUGAGGUCAUCAAGCAAGAAUUCCAAGGGGCACAGGACCCAGCAGCUGCCCAGGAACUCUUAAAGUCCUUGGAGGGCGCUGUGCCGAAAGCAGCCGCAUCGCUGGGGCAAGUCUAUCAAGGAGUCCUCCGUGGGCGUUCGGUGGCCGUGAAGGUCCAGCGGCCCGAGGCGCGGCGCUUGGCGGCCGUGGACGCCGCGCUGCUGAGGUCCCUUGCGCGUGGCGUUGAAGCUUUGCGGAACCCUCUAGAUGGGCAACGAUUGGUACGUGCAAAUGUCCUUGGGGCGGUCGAUGAGUUCUGCUCCCGUCUCUUCGAGGAGCUGGAUUAUCGUCGAGAGGCCUCGAACUGCGCCACCUUUGCGGCCCUCUAUGGCGACCACGGCAACUAUGCCUCGGAUCUGCCGCCGCCAGGAUUGAAGAUCCCAGAACUGGAACCGGACUUCUGUGGCCGCCGAGUCUUGGUCAUGGAGUGGGUGGAAGGAGAGCGUUUGGCACCCAGCGCAGAUGCCAAAGAGGACUACGCAGUGAAACAAGCUGCUUAAGAACUUCAAUUCUUGAGCUGAGAGUCCGUUGAAUGCUCAUUGAGAAUCGUGGACCGAACGGCUCAGCGAAAAAGCCAUGAGCCGCGAAGAGCCCGACCGUCAGAGCCACUUAUUUUUUUUGCGUCGACCACACCGAG